AUGACUAAGUACUUGAUUUUUCUGGAAUCUUACACUAAACAAAAAACAAUUAAAACUUUUCUAGGGAAUGAAUACGAAGUUUUUGCUACGGGCGGACACUUGACCGAAUUAGCCAAGCAAGGUUAUCUUAAUUUAGGAGUUGAUUUACAAAAAUUCACCCCCCACUAUGUUCCUUU